CAGAACCGAGCAAGCUACAGCGAACCUGGAGACAGCCGGGAGUCUAUCGACAGUCCCAAGCUGGGGCCACCAGAAGCUAAAGUCAGAUCCCUGAACAUUUCUCCUGGCCCACGGAAGUCUCUGUUUACCCCCCAUUACCAUUCUCAUCAUGGGGUUCCACUUAGCUCUGGCCUGGAUCCUCCUGUUUGGGACACUGGCUUCUUUGGGAGCUCAGAACUCCAUCUCAUGGGAGGUACAGCGAUUUGAUGGCUGGUAUAACAACCUCAUGGAGCACAGAUGGGGCAGCAAAGGCUCUCGGCUGCAGCGCCUUGUUCCAGCCAGCUAUGCAGAUGGUGUCUACCAGCCCUUGAAAGAACCCUACCUGCCUAACCCCCGACACCUCAGUGACAGGGUCAUGAGAGGUCCUGCAGGACAGCCGUCGCUUCGGAACCGUACAGUCCUGGGUGUCUUCUUUGGUUACCACGUGCUCUCGGACCUGGUGAGUGUGGAAAUGCCAGGCUGCCCCGCAGAGUUCCUCAACAUUUACAUCCCGCGUGGGGACCCGGUGUUCGACCCUGACAAGCGCGGGAACGUGGUGCUGCCCUUUCAAAGGAGCCGCUGGGACCGCAACACCGGACAGAGCCCCAGCAACCCACGGGACCAGAACAUUGCGAUGUACGAGUGGCUGCCCAGCUUCCUGAAGCAAACUCCCCCAGAGUAUCCAGGAUACCAUCCAUUUCUGGACCCCAGCAUCUCCCCAGAGUUCGUGGUGGCCUCUGAGCAGUUCCUCUCUACCAUGGUGCCCCCUGGGAUCUACAUGAGGAAUGCCAGCUGCCACUUCCAGGGGACUGCCAGUCAUAACUCAAGUGUCUCUGGAGCUCUCCGGGUCUGCAACAGCUACUGGAGUCGAGAGCACCCCAAGCUACAAAGGGCUGAAGAUGUGAAUGCGCUGCUGCUGGGCAUGGCCUCCCAGAUCGCUGAGAGAGAGGACCAUGUGGUAGUCGAGGAUGUGCAAGAUUUCUGGCCUGGGCCACUGAAGUUCUCCCGUACAGACUACCUGGCCAGCUGCCUGCAGAGGGGCCGGGAUCUAGGCCUGCCUUCUUACACCAAAGCCAGGGAGGCACUGGGCCUGUCUCCCAUUUCCCACUGGCAGGACAUCAACCCUGCACUCUCGAGGAGCAAUGACACUGUGCUGCAGGACACAGCUGCCCUGUACAAUCAGGAUCUGUCUCGGCUGGAGCUACUCCCAGGGGGGCUUCUGGAGAGCCAUGGAGACCCUGGACCCCUUUUCAGCACUAUUGUCCUUGACCAGUUUGUCAGGCUACGAGAUGGUGACCGUUACUGGUUUGAAAACAGCAGGAACGGAUUGUUCUCCAAGGAAGAGAUUGCAGAGAUCCGAAACACCUCCCUACGGGACAUUCUAGUGGCUGUCACCAAUGUGGACCCCAGCGCCCUACAGCCCAGUGUCUUCUUUUGGCUUGCAGGAGACCCCUGUCCACAGCCGAGUCAGCUCAGCACUCAGGGCCUGCCAGCCUGUGCCCCCCUCUUCAUUCGGGACUAUUUUGAGGGGAGUGGAUUUGGCUUCGGACUCACCAUUGGGACCCUUUGCUGUUUCCCCUUAGUCAGCCUCCUCAGUGCCUGGAUUGUUGCUCGGCUUCGAAUGAGGAAUUUCAAGAGGCUCCAGAGACAAGACCGCCAGAGCAUCAUGUCUGAGAAGCUUGUAGGGGGAGUGGAAGCUUUGGAGUGGCAGGGCCGCAAGGAACCCUGUAGGCCAGUGCUUGUGCAUUUACAGCCUGGACAGAUCCGAGUUGUGGACGGCAGACUCACUGUGCUGCGUACCAUCCAGCUGCGACCCCCACAGCAGGUCAACCUCAUCCUGUCCAGCAACCGUGGACGCCGCACCCUGCUGCUCAAGAUCCCCAAGGAGUAUGACCUGGUGCUGUUGUUUAACAUGGAGGAGGAACGUCAGGCUCUGGUGGAAAACAUCAGGGGAGCUUUGAAAGAGAAUGGGCUGAGCUUUCAGGAGUGGGAGCUAAGGGAGCAGGAGCUGAUGAGGGCAGCAGUGACCAGGCAACAACGGGGCCACCUCCUGGAGACUUUCUUCAGGCACCUUUUCUCCCAGGUGUUAGACAUCAAUCAAGCAGAUGCAGGGACUCUGCCUCUGGACUCUUCGACGAAAGUGCGUGAGGCCUUGACCUGUGAGCUGAGCAGAGCUGAGUUUGCAGAUUCCCUAGGCCUCAAGCCCCAGGAUAUGUUUGUGGAGUCCAUGUUUUCUCUGGCCGACAAGGAUGGCAACGGCUACCUGUCCUUCCGGGAGUUCCUGGACAUCCUGGUGGUCUUCAUGAAAGGCUCCCCAGAGGAGAAGUCUCGCCUUAUGUUCCGAAUGUAUGACUUCGAUGGGAACGGUCUCAUUUCCAAGGAUGAGUUCAUUAGGAUGCUAAGGUCCUUCAUCGAGAUCUCCAACAACUGUCUGUCCAAGGCCCAGCUGGCUGAGGUGGUGGAGUCCAUGUUCCGGGAGUCGGGCUUCCAGGACAAGGAGGAGCUGACCUGGGAGGACUUCCAUUUCAUGCUUCGGGACCAUGACAGUGAUCUCCGAUUCACACAGCUCUGUGUCAAAGGGGUGGAAGUGCCGGAAGUGAUCAAGAACCUCUGCCGUCGAGCCUCCUACAUCAGCCAGGAGAAGAUCUGCCCUUCGCCCAGAAUCAGCGCCCACUGUGCCCGAAACAACAUGAAGACUUCCUCAUCACCACAGAGACUCCAGUGCCCCAUGGACACAGACCCUCCUCAAGAGAUUCGACGGAGGUUUGGCAAAAAGGUAACGUCAUUCCAGCCCUUACUGUUCACUGAGGCACACCGAGAGAAGUUUCAACGCAGCCGCCGCCACCAGACAGUGCAACAGUUUAAGCGCUUUAUUGAGAAUUACAGGCGCCACAUUGGCUGUGUGGCAGUGUUCUACACCAUCGCUGGGGCGCUCUUCUUGGAGAGAGCCUACUAUUAUGCGUUUGCGGCACACCACAGCGGCAUCACUGAUACCACCCGUGUGGGCAUCAUCCUGUCCCGGGGCACGGCGGCCAGCAUCUCCUUCAUGUUUUCCUACAUCCUGCUCACCAUGUGCCGCAACCUCAUCACCUUCCUGCGGGAGACCUUCCUCAACCGCUACAUUCCCUUCGAUGCCGCUGUGGACUUCCAUCGCCUCAUUGCCUCCACGGCCAUCAUCCUCACAGUCUUACACAGUGCUGGCCACGUAGUGAACGUGUACCUGUUCUCCAUCAGUCCGCUCAGCGUCCUCUCUUGCCUCUUCCCUGGCCUCUUCCAUGAUGAUGGGUCAGAGUUUCCUCAGAAGUAUUACUGGUGGUUCUUCCAGACUGUGCCAGGUCUCACUGGGGUCCUCCUGCUCCUGGCCCUGGCCAUCAUGUAUGUCUUCGCCUCCCACCACUUCCGCCGCCGCAGUUUCCGGGGCUUCUGGCUGACCCACCACCUCUACAUUUUUCUCUACAUCCUGCUCAUCAUCCAUGGCAGCUUUGCUCUGAUCCAGAUGCCCCGAUUCCACAUCUUCUUCCUGGUCCCUGCAAUCAUUUACGUAGGGGACAAGCUGGUGAGCCUGAGCCGGAAGAAGGUGGAGAUCAGCGUGGUGAAGGCUGAGCUGCUGCCUUCAGGAGUGACCCACCUGCGGUUCCAGAGGCCCCAGGGCUUUGAGUAUAAGUCAGGGCAGUGGGUUCGGAUUGCAUGCCUCGCUCUGGGAACCACUGAGUACCACCCUUUCACGCUGACCUCUGCACCCCACGAGGACACGCUCAGCCUGCACAUCCGGGCAGCUGGACCCUGGACCACCCGCCUCAGGGAGAUCUACUCACCCCCAACCGGUGACACCUGUGCCAGAUACCCAAAGCUGUACCUCGAUGGACCAUUUGGAGAGGGCCACCAGGAGUGGCAUAAGUUUGAGGUGUCAGUGCUGGUAGGAGGGGGCAUUGGAGUCACCCCCUUUGCCUCCAUCCUCAAAGACCUGGUUUUCAAGUCAUCAGUCAGCUGCCAAGUAUUCUGUAAGAAGAUCUACUUCAUCUGGGUGACAAGGACGCAGAGGCAGUUUGAGUGGCUGGCUGACAUCAUCCGGGAGGUGGAGGAGAAUGACCGCCAGGACCUGGUGUCUGUGCACAUCUAUAUUACUCAGCUGGCUGAGAAGUUUGACCUCAGGACCACCAUGCUGUACAUCUGUGAGAGGCACUUCCAGAAGGUGCUGAACAGGAGUUUGUUCACGGGCUUGCGAUCUGUCACCCACUUUGGCCGCCCUCCCUUUGAGCCCUUUUUCAACUCUCUGCAGGAAGUCCACCCCCAAGUCCGAAAGAUUGGAGUAUUUAGCUGUGGUCCCCCUGGCAUGACCAAGAAUGUGGAGAAAGCCUGUCAGCUCAUCAACAGGCAGGACAGGACUCAUUUCUCUCACCAUUAUGAGAACUUCUAGGUCUCCUGCCCAAUAACUCUGCCCACUACUGCCUUGUUGGGACAGCAGGGGCUUUGGCCUGUGCCUUAACCCAAUACUCUUCAUUUCUGGCCACCUCAGCCUUGGCCCUUCCCACCUGCUAACUUGGUCCAGGUGGGCAUGCUCUGGCAUCAUGUGUGGGCUCAGAGAUCUCUAGGGCCAGAAUGUGUCUUGAGCUUGUCGAAGGAGCACUGUUUAAGAACUGUAGGUUCAGAAGUAACGGAGCUUUGGGGAUGGGACAAAGUGAGAAUUAAGCAAAAACUUGACAGGAGACAGUCCGUCAAGUUUGUGUGGGUAACUGACUCUGAGUGAUAGUAUGGAUGCUGGCAUCUUUGAGCCGCUCCACUCUGUGUUCUUCCUCUCUUCAAUAUGGUUGGGAGAUGUCUUAGAGUAGCCAGGGCAACUUACAGAAAAGAAAUCCUCAGGAUCGGCCUAAUUGAACAACUGACCUCUCAAAUUUUAAAAUGUAGUCAGACCCUUCCAUGUAUAGACCUUCUGUGUAUAGCAAUCGCCUGGAGCAGUGCCCCUCAGCCCUAUCUCGCACUUCUAGUAUUCUCUUUUGCAAAUAAAUGGUAUUUCCCCUUCA